AAAUAUUAGUGUCGGUUUAAAGUUGGUCUUUCGUAUGGAUACCGAUCAACCUAUAAUUUGAAAAGAAACAACACAUAAGUUAAUAUGCAUUCUAGGUGGUGCAUGUGAACUAACACUUUGACAACGGAGUGUAUGUAUAGUUUCUUUCGUAUGCAUAGUUAGUUCAAAAACAUCGUAUUGCUAUGGAGGCGAUGGAUGAUAGUCUCGGUGAUGCGGCAGAGAAUGUUGAUUGGCCGUCUCGAUGGUUGGAUAUCUCAAAGGUUCUCGACCGCAGCGGGCCGUUAUCUGUUCCAGACUUUGAAGCUGGUCUGUUCAAUAUGAUUCGAAAUCAGUGUAAAAUUCUCGUCAUUGGAGCAGGCGGGCUUGGUUGCGAACUCCUCAAAAAUCUUGCAAUGAUGGGCUUCGUGAAUAUUCACGUAAUCGAUAUGGAUACAAUCGACUUAUCAAACCUUAAUCGGCAAUUUCUUUUUCGGGAAAAAGAUAUCGGCAAUUCAAAGGCUGAAGUUGCUGCUGAAUUCAUUAAUAACCGCGUGCCUGGCGUCAAAGUAACGCCAUAUUUCGCCCGAAUCGAGGAUAAACCCGUCGAAUUCUACGAAACCUUCAGUAUCAUUGUUUGCGGUCUUGACGCAAUUGCUCCUCGAAGAUGGAUCAAUCGAUUAAUAUGCUCAAUGUGCGAAUACAAUGAUGACGGCGAACUACAACCAGAUACUGUACAUCCCCUUGUCGAUGGCGGAACCGAAGGAUUCAAAGGGAAUGCAAGAGUAAUUGCCCCAGGCUUGACUGCAUGCGUUGAGUGCAUACUUGAUUACUAUCCACCGCAGGACAAGUUUCCUAUGUGCACAUUAGCGCAGACCCCACGCCUACCAGAACACUGCGUUGAAUAUGUGAAAAUAGUUCAGUGGCCAAAGGACAAUCCAUUUGGUGGAGAAUCCACUGAGAUUGAUGGAGAUAAUCCGGAACAUGUCGCAUGGAUUCACGAGCGUUCGGUGGAACGAGCUGCCCAACAUGGUAUUCUCGGGCCAACUUAUCGGCUGACUCAUGGCGUAAUCAAAAACAUCAUUCCUGCUGUUGCCUCCACGAACGCAGUUAUUGCUGCUAUUUGCGCCAAUGAAGUUUUUAAAAUUGCAUACUGCUGUUACCCAAACCUUAAGUCAUACGUUAGUUUUAACGACUCAUACGGAAUUUUUACAAACACUCAUGAAGCGGAGAGACUGCCUGAUUGUAUGGCAUGUUCAAUAAAGCCCCGAAAUCUCACCUUUAAGGAAGAGACGACACUUGGUGAUGUACUAGACUUUUUGAAGGAGUCUUCACAAUACCAGAUGAUGAAUCCUGGUGUUACAACAACAACAGAAUCCGGCAACAAGACGCUUUAUAUGCCUGGAAUUGCAGCGCUUGAGAAUGCCACGAAAGAAAACCUUGAAAAGACCCUUAUUGAGUUAGGAUUUGUAAAUGGUCAGCAGAUACUUGUCAACGAUAAGACCUCUCCAACAGGGUUCACCUUCAACAUUUAUUUUAAAUAAAACAGCAAUACCGAAGCAAAUUGAGUCGUAUAUGCGGAUUUCGGAUCUGAUCUACAGUCGCCAAUGGAGAAAGAAUAUUGCUGGGUUGAAUGGAUUUUUUUAUAUUUAGUGUCUUUAUUCGCAUUGUUUCCUCUACUUGUUGAGUAUUUAUUUUUUAACACUUAAUUAAAAAUAUUAUAGUUAGCUAUAUGCGCGUUAUUAUUUGAUGGGUGUAAUAACUUUUGGUAUCUAAUUUGCCCUUGCUUUGAAUUCCUUUCCGACGAAUAUUUAAUUUCUCAAAGCUGAAACACCAAUUUGCUCAAAGACAGCUUACAGGUUUGUUACCACCUAACACGGCAGAACCUUGUGCUCUUUUUUUCAGUACUUGCAAAAAUAUUAAAUUUGGUCAUCCUACAAAUUCAGAACUGGAAAAUGUCCCUGCCAGCAUUGUUUGCUUAUGUUGCUUGUUCAUUUUGUUAAAAAGUGUUAAUAAUACACUACACUAUCUAAUUUUUGGAAGGUGUUUUAUUCUACUAUUAGUUCGCUUCUCAUAAACGCUGUGCGCUAACAACACCACUUUUACCUAUUGUCAUUCAUUAAUGAGUUCAUAACACUAACUUAUAACGCUCUAUUUUAGCAGAGGCCGCUUGGUAAACAAAAUAUGAUGAUCCGAAUCAUUUUGCUAUUAGAACAUAGUAAAACUGUUAGUUACGAAAACCUGCAAUAAAAGCAACCGGUUGUGUGUCCAUAUUCCUUAUGAUUAAACACAAACACAGUGUAAAUUUUUUGUAACGGAGAAUUAGUAUUAUUGUUAAUCACAUAGCACUCGUUGGAUCGGCGGUUUAAUUGUUGAGCUAUCUAGAUGAAUAUUAAUUUUAAUUUAAAAACCCUACAAAUUGCGUAGAAGUCUAGAUUUUCAAUCUACAACUAGAAUUCGUCCUUUAUAGAAGGCAGAAUUUAAACCUGUGAUAGACCUGUAUCAUACUGCAUUCGCGUGCGUCGAUUUAAGCAUGUGAUGAAAACAGCGGUUCAAAAACCUGAAAAAAACUAAGUCCGUUGAAUGAAUAGCAGGUUAAAGGGAAAAUUUCUCAGCUUGAUAGUAGUUUUCUAUGCUGUUGGAUCAUUUAUAAGGCCCUUACCAUGAAGCAAACUCAGUCCACGAUUUCUAAACUAUGUGGGUUAAUAAAUUAAAAUUCAUUAUUUACUCCACCACCUGUUUUCUAAAAGUUAGACACUCUUAACACGAUCCUCUGUUAAUGCCCGUUAAACCCAAUUACCAAAAAUGAAUAAAAAAAAAAAAGAGAAACAUUCUUUUUGAGAUAUUUAGCAAACGUCUUUCAAGUGGUGGAAACUCUCUUCGUAUUGUCAAUCAAACUUUAACUCAUGCGCUGUUGUCUCAGUAGCAUAUAUCUGCAUUUGAGAAAAAAUUAGCAUGCAGCCUUCGGAGAUACUUUUCAAAUUACUAGCGCACUGUAAAAUAAUAAAGAUCCCAUAAACAAAAAAAAAACGUAGAACUUUCAAGCUUGGAAUAAUUUAACUAAGAAGUUUUCAAUGCCUGUUAUCGCCAUUUGACCUAUUAAACCAUACAAGCUUCAGACAAGGUUAUUAAGAUAUUCAUAUGGUAUAGGUAUUGUACAUCACUUACAAGCGCCCGCCAUUUCCAACAUAGUAUUUACAGCAACAACGACAAAUAAGUCGCUUUUCGAUUUACGGGGCCCAGAACUGGUCCAAAUAAUUUACAUGUAUCGAACAUAAAGGGUUGAUGAACCAUUACAAAUAAAGUUUAUAUUUCAUAUCGACUGUUAAUCAUACGUAAUCAAUGCGUAAAACAACCCACAGGAAGCGACUU